UCAGAAGUGACUGUUGCCGGUGACAAAGUGGCCUCUGUGGCCGUCACGGUGGCCACAGCUGCUGUAGCUGCUGUCAAGACCGUUGUUGGGAUCCAGUCACAACUUUUCAGCCGUUUGGCCACCCGCCGGACAUUUCUGCCCCGCCAUCGUCGUGACCUCCUGGAGCUCGAGCAAAUGGUGGAGAAUGCGGCUGCCGUACGCCUCCGAGCGGUGGUGGAAACCAGCAUUGACUCUUUGCGCGCCAUGAUGUGUUCGUGCCUCUUCCAGUCCCCGGCGGUCCUUGCUGGGCUGAUAGAUGAACUCUACAUCAUGGAGAGAGCUUUCUGGGUGCAGCCGGGCCGCUCCGAGUGGUGGGAAAAGGUGGUGCUGCCCCACUGGGAUGACCACCUUUGGCAGGAGAACUUCCGGAUGAGUCGGCAGACUUUCAUGGAGCUGUGUGACCGAUUGAGGCCGGUUCUUGAGCGUCAGACAACCAACAUGCGGGCUCCCAUUACUGUCGAGAAACAGCUGGCCAUAGCCAUAUGGAAGCUGGCCACCCCAGACAGCUACCGCUCGGUAGCAGAGUGUUUUGGCGUUGGGCGCUCCACUGUCUCCAGGAUAGUCAUGGAGGUUUGCCAAGCUCUUUAUGAUGUCUAUCACCAUGUGGUCCUUCUGACCAGGCCCCGCGAGGUGAUCAAAGGCUUUUCGGCCAAAGGUUUCCCUCAUUGCAUUGGGGCGAUCGAUGCAACUCACAUCCCUAUCAUUGCUCCUGCCCACCGAGCCAUGGAAUACAUCAACAGCCGAGGGUAUUACUCAAUGGUCCUGCAGGCCCUGGUGGACCAUGAAGGCAAAUUCAUCGAUGUAUAUGCCGGGCGAUCCGGGAAAGUUCACGAUGCCAGGAUCUUCCGCAGCUCCCCCAUCUUCCGGGCCAUGAACCAAGGCACUUUCGGUCCUAGCACUACGAUGGACAUAGAGGGAGAGCAAGUAAAGCCGGUCAUCUUAGGAGACCUCGCUUACCCUCUUCUGCCGUGGCUAAUGACUCCUUACAGCGGCCAGUUGGACUCCCGAAAACAGCUCUUCAACAACAGGCUUGGGCACUGCCGGACAGUGGUGGGCCAUGCCUUUGAGCGGCUCAGGGGCCGCUGGCGCUGCCUCCUCUCUCGCCUCGAUGUGCGAGAACGCUACGCCCCGAGGGUCAUUGUAGCCUGCUGCAUUUUGCACAACAUCUGUGAGAGCAAAGGGGAACCUCUUCAGGAAGGGUGGGAAGAGGUGGUGAGGUCUGUGUCAAGAUCUUACCAGCAGCCAGAACGACAGCUGAUGUACAUGUCCAAUCCACAGGCCCGGGAGAUCAGGGAUCUUUUUAGCACACACUUGGAAAGGAGAGAACAGGAAAAGUAGCAUGGAAUUCAUGCUUAUUUAUCUUCCUCUGCACGCACGCACGCGCACACACACAGACACAGACACACACACACACACAAAACCUCUUGGAACAGAAGUUGGGAAAAGGAUAGCAGGCUCUUCUCUGCCUCUUUUCUGAAUAUAAAUAGUCCCCGACUUACAACCAUUCGUUUAACAACCAUUCAGAGUUAUAAUGGCGCUGAAAAAAAAAAAGGCUUGCGACUAGUCCUUGCACUUAACCACUGUUGCAGCAUCCCCAGGUGAUCAAAAUUUGGGUGCUUGGCAACUGGCAUAUAUUUACAACAGUUUGCAGGGACCCGGGGUCAUGUGAUCGCCCAUUUGCAAACCUCCCCAGCUGGCGUCUGGCAAGCGAAGUCAGUGGGAGAAGCUGGACUUUGCUUAACAACCAUAUGAUUCACUUAACAAUUCUACUGAUUCGCUUAAUAACUGUAGCCAAAUGGUUAAAUUUAGAGAUGAC